UCAUCCCUUGCCUAUUUACUGAUCAUACUGUAGUUAUGCUUAUAUUUCUUCAGCGUGUAUAUGUUAUCAUGCUUAUUGGUUUAUUUUAAUAUUCCAGGUUUAAUUGUGUGUGCAGGAUCGUAUUGCAAAAAAUUUCACAAGUAUUAUAAAAAAUGAGAGAGAUUCUUCUUACAAAUUGCGAGCGAAACUUUGUAAACAAAUGCAUAGAAGAAAAAACAAGAUUAGAUGGUCGAAGAUUAUUAGAGCCACGACCAAUAAAGAUUUAUUUUGGCUCCAACUGGGGAUGCUGCAUAGUAUCUCUGGGAAACACAAAAGCAGUAGCACAAGUAUCAUGUGACAUACAACAGCCAAAAUUUUCUCGUCCUAACGAAGGUACAAUACGUAUAAAUGUCGAAUUAACUCCAUUGGCAGCUCAACACUUUGAGAGUAGUAGACAAUCUGAAGCUUCCAUACUGAUCAGUAGGCAAUUGGAAAAGUGUUUCAAGGAUUCAAAAUGUGUGGACUUGGAAUCUCUCUGUAUUGAAGCAGAUAAGAAGGUGUGGAACUUGAGAAUUGAUAUCAAUAUCAUAAAUCAUGAUGGGAAUCUGAUUGAUUGUGCUUCCAUAGCGACACUUGCUGCUCUCAUGCAUUUUCAUCGGCCGGAUGUCACUUCCACCGGCGAGGAAGUUAUUAUACAUUCAGCUUCUGAGAAAGACUUUCUUCCACUGACAUUGUUUCAUUACCCAAUUUCCGUAUCUUUCAUAACUUUUGAAUGUGGCAAUACCAUAAUGGACCCCACAUACAUAGAAGAAAGAGUCGGCGUUGCUCAGCUCACUCUCGGGAUGAACUCUUAUAGAGAACUUUGCAGUUUACAUUUCGAUUAUUUAACGAAAACUAUGAUAGUCGAGGACGUCAUAUCUGCUGUUUCUAACGACGCGGCGAAUUAUGCCGCCACGUUGGUGCAGCAAAUUAAGGAAGCAGUAAUGCAGGAUGUGCAAGCACGGUACAAAAAAGAUAACAACAACAUAUGUAGAUUUAAAGAGAGCAUUCAAAUGAAUAAGCUCACAACAAAGAUUGGUGAUCAUAUUAAUAUCAAAUUGCAAAAUAGACGGGAUGCAUCAACUAUUAGCGAAGAUGAUGACAUGGAUGUCGAAGAUGUCAAUGACAAGAGUCAUAUUGUAAAGCACAAAGAGGGAUCAGCUGAAUUGAUUGUUUUCCAUAGUUCACCCGAGAAAGAAGAAGUUGAUCCUAGCAAUACGUACGAGUCUGAGUCGGAUAAUUCAUCUCAUUAAUUUAUUGACUCCAUAAAGAAAAAGUAUAAUAAUUUAAUGUGAUAUAGAUGGAAUAUUGAUGUACAUUUCGAAGAAAACAAGAAAAUAGAAACCAAUAUAGUCCGAUGAUGCUGAAAAACAAA